CAGCGAGAAUGGUACCGUAGGAGUACAGUUCUGGUCGAAUGGCGCGCAUCGAGUCAGAAUAAAGUUCAGAAUACCGGCACUUCAGCUCAUCAUUCCAGUUUCGACACGUCCAUGUUUGCCGUCGUUCGUUUCGGAUGUCCUGUCGUCAACGUUCUCGUUAGUCCGUAACGCGUUACCGUUCUGUUAUCGCCGUCGUGUAUCCUGUGCUGCCCAAGACAACGUCUCGUUCCAGUGCCCGCAGGAAUAAGCAUCGUUUGCACCGUUGGAGCAAGGUUGCCGACUGGUCUUCGCCGACUCUUCGCCAUCGAGUCAUUCACGUUCACGAUUGUACUGAAGGAAUCGGGAAAAAAUGAAGUCGCGAACAGUCACUACUAUGAUCAUGAUGAUGGUCGUCCUACUCGUCGUGCCACUUCUAAACGUUGAAGGGCAUGACUCUAUUACAGCUUAUACCCCUAAGGCCAUUAACGCUACAUCCGUUUCACCCACUAACGUUACAUCCGUUUCACCCACAACGCAGUCCCAGCUACCAACAACGCCAGCCACAAUGAAUGCAACAGCAACUAGAGCAUCAACACAGGCCACAGGACCAGCGGAGGUGGUGUCGACUUCAGGCACAACCAGCACGAAGGAUGCAACGGCUCUAUCCAUAGAUGGUCAUCAUUACGGGAUAAGUGUUGCGGCACUAGUAAUCUCUGUUGGUGAUCUUGCUGUCCACCUCGUCCAAGCAAUCAUGUAUUUUUGUCCAUGGAUACGAAAUAAGUUUUCGAGGGAUGACGGAUUGAAUGCCGCCAGUAUGGAGAUGAGUUAAGUGAGCAUGCAAGCCACGCAAGCACUUCCUCUUUGGAUAUCACAUUCUUCAUCUUGCUCAGCUGGUUGCCAUGCCAAUGCCCUGUAAGGUUGUGUUUCAAGUCGGAGACUAUUGAACACUCACCAUCAUAACUACAGCUACUAGCUGCCCUGCAUACAGUGAAGCUACUUGGAUGACCACAUCUUCAUGCAAUGCUGCUGCUGCUGGGAAAGUAACAGCGGGUAGAUUCCGACAUAUUGUUCAUUUAACCUAUCUAGUACAUGACAAACUCACUCCAAUUGCACAUACUCUUUUUGAACAGUACAUGUACUCUGUAGCAAUUCUGUCACUACCUCACAUCUUUGUUUCAUGCAAUCAGUUUAUGUACUUAUUGUAGUCAAUGUACGGUAACUUGGUGAACUGCCUGAUUUCGAAGCAUUGUGCUUUGAUUGUCGUUUUUGUUUGUUUUGUCCUGGUUAUCUAGUCAGCUCAGCUACUGUUUCUAUACAGUCAUCCUGUACUGUGAUAUUUAUUAUCAUAGUUGUACAUGGAGCCGCCAGCUAGCACCCAUCAUUGUGCUGGUGUACUCCACUGGCUCAUUUUUCUUUGUGACUUGCAUUGAAGACCAGUGCAUGCAUUAACGCACUAUGCAUGCAGGCAUAAUUAUUAAUACUAUUGUCGCAAGUGAAUCCUACUGAAACUGCGGCCAUGAAUAGCAGUUCAGGUGUACUCUAGCGAUCACAAACAACUUCACAAGUAGUACAUUGCUUUGUAUAUUAUUAUGUUCAGUAUGUCUGAUAGCACUUGCUCAAGCAAAUGA